GGAGCUGAGCGCGCCACUCACUGCUCGCGCGGAGGGAGGAGAAAGCUGAGCGGCGAGUUCCGGAGCCUGCCCUGCCCGCUCCACCCCUGCUCUGGAGAUCAUGGCUGCCGAGGAUGUGGCGGCGACCGGCGCCGAGGCGGGCGACCUGGAGGGCGGCGGGCUGCUCAACGAGAUCUUCACGUCGCCGCUCAACCUGCUGCUGCUGGGCCUCUGCAUCUUCCUGCUCUACAAGAUCGUGCGCGGGGACCAGCCGGCCGCCGGCGGCGACGACGAUGACGAGCCCCCCCAGCUGCCCCGCCUGAAGCGGCGCGACUUUACCCCGGCCGAGCUCCGGCAGUUCGAUGGGGUCCAGGACCCCCGCAUCCUCAUGGCCAUCAACGGCAAGGUGUUCGACGUCACCAAAGGCCGCAAGUUCUAUGGGCCGGAGGGGCCAUAUGGGGUGUUUGCUGGAAGAGAUGCGUCCAGAGGCCUUGCCACAUUCUGCCUGGAUAAGGAAGCACUGAAGGAUGAAUAUGAUGACCUUUCUGACCUCACUCCUGCCCAGCAGGAGACCUUGAGUGACUGGGACUCUCAGUUCACUUUCAAGUAUCAUCAUGUGGGCAAACUGCUGAAGGAGGGGGAGAAACCCACCGUGUACUCAGAUGAUGAAGAACCAAAAGAGGAGAAUGCUCGGAAAAAUGAUUAAAAGCAUUCUGUGGAAGCAUAUCUAUUUUUGUAUUUUGCAGAAUCAUUUGUAACAUUCCAGUCUGUCUUUGAAACGUGGUGAUUUCACGAUUUAGAGGUUUUGAACCUGCUGUAAGAUUUUUGAAUGAAUAUCACUAGUGACCCUGAUAAAAUUCACUUCUGUUUAGACUGCAUGAUAAUCUUUGUGUGUCAAGAAGCCAGGUGAACUGCCGGGCUGACAUGCAAAUGUUAUUAAUCAACUGUUUCUCUUUUAUCUGUAGAGCGUACAGGCGGAAUUGGAAUUGACUCUUCUGGAAAAACCAGUAGGAUUUGGCAUUUCCCCCAAACCAGUUUUUUUAAAGCUUAGGUGUGCAAAGCCCUUCAGACACUGGGAACAUGGAUUAACUUUCCCUCAUAAUAUUCCCAAGAGACAACAAAUUUCUUAUAUCUCAGUUGACAAAACAGCAUGAUUUCUGGGGUUAUUUUUCCUACCUCUAAGGCAAAUCUGCAGUGUCCCCAAGGCUUUGGUAUUAAUUAGAGAGCUAUACAGGUGAGAUAGUGCCUCACGAAGCUGGGCUCAGUUGGGGGAAAUUCAGUUUAUGGGCUGUCUUGUCUGCUUUGGUCUUCUUUGGACAUAGAGAUACCCUUGUAAACAGUAAUCGUGUAGGGAGACUGGAAACCAAAUACGAACCUUCAAAAAGGAAGUUUGGGAAACUAUUAGCUGGCUUCCUGAAUUAAAAGCCUCAAUCCCUAAAGUUGGUAGAACUGUCUUCCCAUCCUAAAAUACAAAAUUGGGCUAUGGCUACUGGACAUGCGAGGGGGAGGAGCAGGUAUGUUUGUUCCCCUAUAAGCCUUCGUGCACACCGUGAAAGAGCUAGGAACCCAUCCACUUCACUACGCAAGAGUUGUUUUCAUAAAAUGUUUAUUCAUAAGGUGACAGUUCCUCUGGUGUUAAAGCUUAUAGCCACUACAAGAGUGGUAGUCAAAUGUCUAGGUCUUUGCUAUCAGUCUUUUGGUUAACAAUAAACUUAGCCUAAGUAGACUAUACAGUUGUCUGAGUUUGUAAAAGUAUUAUAUGACAACUAACUAGUGAGGUUUCCAACUCUUGUAAUUGUAGUUAGUGUAUUUUGUUGUGAACCGUGUUUAAUGGUUUUACCUCAAAUCAGAAAACAAAAUUAAGUGCUUUGGUCAGUUAAUAAAAUGGUUGUAACCUGUA